AUGGCUUCCAAUAAAGACGCCGAUCCAUCUCUCGGCUACCUAACCCGAAAAGACACCGAGGUAAAGCUCCCCCGCCCGACCCGAGUCAAGAACAAAACCCCCGCCCCGAUCCAAAUCACAGCGGAGCAAAUCCUCCGAGAAGCACGAGAACGACAAGAAGCUGAAAUCCGACCGCCCAAACAGAAAAUCACCGACUCGACUGAACUCGCCGACUACCGUCUCCGCAAGAGGAAAGAAUUCGAGGAUUUAAUUCGACGAGUGAGGUGGAACAUCAGUGUUUGGAUCAAGUACGCCCAAUGGGAAGAGUCUCAGAAAGAUUUCAAUCGCGCGCGUUCAGUGUGGGAGCGUGCACUGGAGGUGGAUUAUCGGAAUCAUACUUUAUGGCUGAAAUACGCGGAGGUGGAGAUGAAAAACAAGUUUAUAAAUCACGCGAGGAACGUGUGGGACCGGGCGGUUACCCUUCUCCCGAGAGUUGAUCAGCUCUGGUAUAAGUAUAUUCAUAUGGAGGAGAUGUUGGGGAAUGUUGCUGGAGCGAGGCAGAUUUUCGAGAGAUGGAUGGGGUGGAUGCCGGACCAGCAAGGUUGGCUUUCGUAUAUAAAGUUUGAAUUGAGGUAUAACGAGGUGGAACGUGCGCGAGGUAUUUUUGAGAGGUUUGUUCAGUGUCAUCCGAAAGUGAGUGCGUGGAUUAGGUACGCGAAGUUUGAGAUGAAGAAUGGGGAGGUUGCUAGGGCGAGGAAUGCGUAUGAAAGGGCGGUUGAGAAGUUGGCGGAUGAUGAGGAGGCAGAGAUGUUGUUUGUUGCAUUUGCGGAGUUUGAAGAGAGGUGUAAGGAAACGGAGAGGGCUAGGUUCAUCUAUAAGUUAGCUUUGGAUCGUAUACCGAAAGGGAGGGCGGAGGAUUUGUACAGGAAGUUUGUUGCUUUUGAGAAACAGUAUGGUGAUAAAGAAGGGAUUGAGGACGCGAUUGUGGGGAAGAGAAGGUUUCAGUAUGAAGAUGAAGUGAGGAAGAAUCCUUUGAAUUAUGAUGCGUGGUUUGAUUAUAUUAGGUUGGAGGAGAGUGUGGGAAUUAAGGAGAGGAUUAGAGAGGUGUAUGAACGUGCAAUUGCUAAUGUCCCGCCUGCCCAAGAGAAGAGAUACUGGCAGAGAUAUAUUUAUUUAUGGAUAAAUUACGCCCUUUAUGAAGAGCUUGAUGCAGAAGAUAUAGAACGGACGCGGGAGGUAUAUAGUGAAUGCUUGAACCUGAUCCCACAUGAGAAAUUUUCAUUUGCAAAAAUUUGGCUUUUAGCAGCCCAAUUUGAGAUCCGGCAAUUGAAUCUGAAGGGAGCUCGGCAAGUUUUAGGUAACGCCAUUGGAAAAGCUCCUAAAGAUAAGAUAUUUAAGAAAUAUAUUGAGAUUGAGCUGCAGCUUGGCAAUAUCGAUCGUUGCCGGAAACUCUAUGAGAAAUAUUUAGAGUGGUCGCCGGAGAAUUGUUAUGCUUGGAGCAAAUAUGCUGAGCUGGAGAGGUCCUUGAGUGAAACUGAACGGGCCCGAGCUAUUUUUGAACUGGCGAUAGCGCAGCCAGCCCUGGAUAUGCCAGAGUUGUUGUGGAAGGCAUAUAUUGACUUUGAGAUCUCUGAGGGUGAAUACGAUAGAACUCGUGAACUUUACGAGAGACUUUUGGAUCGCACAAAGCAUCUAAAAGUUUGGAUCAGUUAUGCUAAGUUCGAGACAUCUGCCAUGGUAGAACAGAAGCUGUGCAUUCAAAAUUCAAGAAGGGUUUUUGAGAAAGCGUUAAACUACUUCAGAAUGUCUGCCCCUGAACUGAAAGAAGAAAGAGCUAUGCUCUUAGAUGAAUGGUUGGGUGUUGAGAAAAGUUUUGGGCAGCUAGGUGAUGUUAGCCUUGUCGAGCCUAAACUGCCUAAGAAACUGAAAAAGAGAAAGCAGGUUGCUUCUGAAGAUGGGCUGGCUGGGUACGAGGAAUACAUAGAUUAUGUAUUUCCAGAAGAAGCUCAUGCACAUAAUCUCAAAAUCUUAGAAAAAGCACGUGAAUGGAAGAGGCAAAAGCUUGCUUCUGGUGCUGAGGAUUAG